GGUGGCGUCUCUGAGUUCUUGAACGCCAGCUAAAGUUAUUGUUUUAGUGUGAAUGCAGACUGUACUGUAAACGUAUACGGGGCCUUAAAACCCAGUGCAGAGUUAUUGAUGGCGGCGAACGGCUGUGUGACUGCAGUCCAGCUCGGCUCCCUCAGCCAGGCGGAUAAAUCACAGCUUCACCUUUUACCCUGCGAGGUUGAACAUGACGGGCCAGCUGAUGUGGCCAUGUUUUUCAGCCCAACCGUGAAAGAACACAAAUGCGAAAAGACUGUGUCGUUCAGAGGUCGUGGGCUGAAGGGUCAGGAGGUGAACUGUCCACAGGGCUACACUGGACUAGUGCUGAAAGAGGCUCAGAGACCAUCUUCAGAUCAAGAGGACAGAAUAGUUAUGGUUUCUUCAGUUUUCCAUAACUUUACAUAUUGGAACUUGGAGACCCCUCCCACGUCCGAUGACUGUGUUGUGAUGGCAAUGGCGUGGCCUAAACUGGCUGAGAUGAUACAUGCACCAGUGGAUGGCUGAAAGUCAAUUACAUCAGUGAGGGACUUGCCCAGUAUGCAGUUACAUUUCCACAAAUGUGUUUCUGUACUAUCAGAACUACAGGCUAAAAGAGAGCUCUGUGCUGCUUGGUUGUACAGCUAUUUUUUUUUUUAAUCAAAUUGUCAUUUCUUUCAAAUGUGUAUGGAGUUGAAUUAAAUUAGAGACAUUACUGACUUUGUAAAGUUGUUUUUCAAAUAUUUUUGGUUCAUAAUUACAGGUAACCUACUACAUAUUUAGAAGCUGACCAGUACACAUUUCAGGAAGGAAAAAAGACCUAGUAGUAAUCCCUCAUUACCAAACAACUUUGUAAUUCACUUAAGGAUUUAAGAAAAACUCUUUGUUUUGUUUGAGCACAUUGAAACUAAAAGAUGAGCUGAGUGUGGUUGUUUGAUAACGUUUAGUUAAAGCAAGAAGGAACCCAGCUUUAAUUAUGUUAGUGUUGGCCUUGUGGUCUCACUAUGCAUUCACAUUCAUAAAUAGGCUCAUUGAACACCUUUCCAAUGUCUGUAUGUACUUAUGCAUUUCCCCAAUGAUGUUAAAGUUAUAUAAAGUUUAUCACCACCAGACACAUGGCUGAUAUAAGACCCUUCCAUGUGGCUAUUAUUAUAACUUUGUGUUUCUGCUUGAAAAUGUCUUCAAGCUAACUAGUGAGCCACAGCAACCAUAGCCUACCACAGUAAUUCCUUCACCACAUUGGUAGGUUCAUACAUGUAGGACUGAACAUUCUUGAUUCUCUGUGCUUGCACCAUUGUAUGUAGUUCUGAUUGAUAUAACAGACUGAUGGUAUUGGAUAGACAAAUGUCGAAGUGUGCUCAUUAGAAUAAGGAUCUGUGUCUGGCAAAUCAGCAAAUUCAGGUUGUUGAGCAGUGUUUCUUCAUCUUUUCAUUCAAACUUUGCAGGAUGUCUAAUAUACCACUCAGGUUUUGAAUGUUAUAUUUCACAUUAAAUUCCCUGGUACUUUGUUACUGGAACUUUAUAUGUACUAAUCAAGUAAAAUAACUUGUGAAACUCUUCUUUAAACCCUUUAUUAAAAGUGAAUUCCAGAUUUUUCAAAA